CUGUAUCUCGUCCCCCUCGUUCUCUGUGUUGUUGUCCUCGGUGACGCGACGGAGGUGUAGCCUGACGCGGUCUCUUACGUGUCGGACUAAAUAAAAGUGGAGCUCCGGAGGCCUGGGAGUGACGAGGCGAGUCUGUGUCGGGCAAUCUAAAUGACCAUGGAGGCAGGAGCAGAUGUCCAGCAGGGCGGCGACACUGCAGUCUCAGAGACAGACACUCAGCAGAUUGCCACCUUGGCUCAGGUUUCCAUGGCUGCAGGACAGGCGUCGGCCACUGCGCCCACAGUGACCUUAGUCCAGCUGCCCAAUGGGCAAACGGUGCAGGUUCACGGGGUCAUCCAAGCAGCCCAGCCCUCCGUCAUACAAUCCCCACAGGUGCAAACUGUACAAAUUUCUACAAUCGCUGAGAGUGAUGAUUCACAAGAGUCAGUGGACAGUGUGACAGAUUCACAGAAAAGAAGAGAGAUCCUGUCCAGACGGCCCUCAUACAGAAAGAUCCUGAACGACCUUUCAUCCGAUGCUCCAGCAGUCCCACGAAUAGAAGAAGAGAAAUCAGAGGAGGAUUCCGCUCCAGCCAUAACAACUGUUACUGUGCCAACGCCUAUCUACCAGACAAGUAGCGGGCAGUACAUUGCUAUCACUCAGGGUGGGGCGAUCCAGUUAGCCAAUAACGGAACAGAUGGAGUUCAAGGGCUACAAACCCUGACCAUGACGAACGCGGCAGGCGCUCAGCCCGGCACCACCAUCCUGCAGUAUGCCCAGACCAGCGACGGACAGCAGAUACUGGUGCCCAGCAAUCAAGUGGUUGUACAAGCGGCCUCUGGAGAUGUUCAGGCGUAUCAGAUCCGCACCGCAGCUGCUAGCACCAUUGCUCCAGGGGUGGUCAUGGCCUCCUCUCCUGCUCUGCCCAGCCAGGGAGGCGCUGAGGAGGCCACACGCAAGCGGGAGGUUCGGCUAAUGAAGAACAGGGAGGCAGCACGGGAGUGCCGUAGGAAAAAGAAAGAGUACGUUAAGUGUCUGGAAAACAGAGUGGCUGUGCUGGAGAAUCAGAACAAAACGCUCAUCGAGGAGCUCAAAGCUCUAAAGGACCUUUACUGUCACAAAUCUGAAUAGCGGCCCUCACUCGUACAUCCUGAACGGAUCUCUUCUGGUGCCUCAAGAGACAGAGACUCUGAACGUAACACAGGCACCUGCACAGCAUCUCUGUCUCUUUUCCUUUCUGUUUCUUUUUUUUUUUUUCUUUUUUUAAAAAUACUAUCUUCUGUAAAAAUCCAGUUAUCAGGAAUACAUCGUAAGUUUGUAAGCGUAAACUUUUAUUUACUUUUUUCUCUUCAGAAGAAAGAAAAAAAAAAAUGAAAUGAAAUGCAGGGUACAGUUUCGUUCUCAAACACGUUGCCCUACUUAAGGAGCGUCGCCGACCAUAAAGAGCACCUUUCAGCUGCGACCGUGACAGGGAAUGAAUGUUUGUGUGGGUUUAUCAUGGAAACAGCCCAGGGUGCUGCUUCUGAAACCUGCUCCUGUCACUCUGAGCUUCCCGUCUGAAAGACGUCCCCGCGCUGCGCCGCUCGUCGACGGGGAUGGAGUUUCUCACUCGUGCGGCACGGCUCUUUAAUGACUGACAUUAAAUCAGCUGUGCCCUCUCUUGUUGUUUUACUGCUUAUGUUACUAAUACAUAUACUCAUAUUUUUGUUCUUAUGAAGACGUGCAUGCAUACACACACACACGCGCGUACGCAC